CUCGGGCUUUAGAUACUUGGGUACUUGAUCAAAGUAGGUUCAAUGCUUGAUCAGACGGGCCCGAAGUUCUGUAUCCCGUCUAUAAUAGGUGAGUGGUGAUGUCAGAGUAUCAGAAAAUACACGCAGCCUAGUACCUAUGUAACUUUCUGUAUGGCAGGAGGGAAUAACCGCCAAACACUUUCUGUGGAACAAAGGUUAAUGGAUGAUGACGUCUUCUCGUAGUCCGCAUGAUGCACUCGGUGUUGUAUUCACAGAUUUAUGGGUAAGCAACUUGGGCAAGGGGAAGGAACGAGAGCCAAGGUAAGGAAGGUUAGAGGCUCAACCUGGUGACAAAUAUUCCCCUCAACCUUCUAUAUAAGACUAUUCAUCUUCCUCCUAAAUUCAACCCUUUUUUCUCCUUCAUCAACAAUCAUAUUAACAGAUCAAUACUACUACAAUAUCAACUUUUUCAAACAUACAAAUUACCAACCAAACUACCUUCAUCAUGGACAAGAUUCAGAACGCCGCUAACUACGUCUCCGACACCGUCAAGGGAGCUACCAACACUGCUUCCAAGGAGGCCAACAAGGAGGUCGCCAAGGACAACAACGCCAGCAUUGGCACUCGCGCAUCCGCUGCCAAGGACGCCGUUGGUGACAAGGUCGACGAGACUAAGAACAACACUUCCGCCGAUGUCAACAAGGAGGCUUUCAAGCACUAAAUGCUUCGUCUCUUCAACAACAACUAUCAAACAAAACUCCAACAACAUGAUUGUACGAAUGGCAUGAUUUGGGGGGAAACAUGAUUACACUUGGGCGUCUAGGAAACAGAGAUUCGGGCCUUUUCCUUUGUUAAAUGUGAUGGCAAAUGGUGACGGGCUUGAUGAUCUACUAGAGAUCAUGGCUCGAGGCAAGCUUACAAUACCCCUAAGAUAGUUCAGAAUUCAAAGCUGCAAUUCAUCGUCCA